GCAGCAGCGCAGGGAAGUUUUCAUAGCUGGGACGGCGUUGCCUAGCAGCUGGGAAGAGGACUCUGACUACUUCACGCUCGCUUUUCUUUACCGGACUUUCCCAUUUCUUCGUCCUGUCAUCUGAGUUGCAAAAAAUAUAUAUAAAACAAAUCUAGAUAUCCAACAUGUCCUAUACCGUGACACUGAAGGGACCCUCUCCGUGGGGCUUUCGUCUGGUGGGAGGACGGGACUUUAGCACACCGUUAACCAUCUCCAGGGUAACAUCUGGUAGCAAGGCGGCCCAAGGUGACCUGGUGCCGGGGGACACCAUUCUGGCUAUCAAUGGUGACAGCACAGAGCACAUGACGCACAUGGAGGCUCAGAACAAGAUCAAAACAUGCUCCCAGCAGCUCACGCUCAUCAUCAGCAGAUCGGGAUCCGGAGACAGAGUGUGGUCGCCGACAGUAAGCGAUGAUGGCAAGAUAAGUCCGUACCCAGAGCCUGACGCACAGAAUUUCCGUCCCAUCACCAGCGGCUCCGGCAGUUACGGUCGUAAACCUUCGUACGCCUCUGAGCCGCAGUCCCCUCUUGCUCCGCAGCCCACUCACAUGAAUAAUGGACACACCAGACCUAACAACGGUCACAGCUACGGAUAUGGGAAUGGAACUGGGCAUGCUCAGUACAACAACCCGUCAGGGCUUUAUGCUCACAAUGGUAGCAACGGCGACAGAUCCCUGCCGGGCAAGAUGGGGGGUCUCAGCCUCAGCGCCACACACAGUCCAGAGCCUCCUCCACAGUCCCCAGUGAGCCGUAAUGGUUUCGACCCCCAGUCAGAUGUCUACAAGAUGCUCCAGGACUAUGAAGAGCCUGUCUCUGCACCCAAACAGUCUGGCUCCUUCAAAUACCUCCAGGAGAUCCUGGAUGCUGAGGAUGGAGGUGUGUCACCAACAGAACGGAUGAGAAGCCUAAGGUCUCCGGUCAGGUCUCCGAUACAGAAACUGGCAAGUCCGAUUCCCACUCCCAUGUCUGGUCUGCAGAAGCUACCCCAGUGCACACGCUGCUGUAAUGGUAUUGUUGGUACCAUCGUAAAGGCCAGGGACAAACUCUACCAUCCAGACUGCUUCAUGUGUGAUGACUGCGGCAUCAACCUAAAGCAGAAAGGAUACUUCUUUAUCGAGGACAGUCUGUAUUGCGAGACCCACGCCAAGGCUCGCGUCCAGCCACCCGAGGGCUACGACGUCGUGGCUGUGUACCCCAACUCCAAGGUGGAGCUGGUCUAAGAUUAAGAGACUGGCUUUUGUUUGUAACAGAAAUGGGAAAGAGAAUAUAAUAGAACGAGGCUACUGAGCAACCUAGCCAGCACUGAUCAGGCUCUGUCGAGUAGGACUGCUGAUGUUGGAUCAGUUUUGCCUUCUUUGGUGGGGGAGAGUUGUGUGAAUUUUUCGUGAUCCCAGAUCAGUACUCUCACACUGACAGGUUUGAUGAAUGCUGUGCAUGUAGAGCAUACUGACAUGUGUUGACAGGUUUAGGCCUGGGACUGACGAAUCGCCAAAAACCAUUCAUUUGAAAGCCGCCAUCAUUCAUCUAUUGGGUUUGAACCUAAUCCAAGAAAACAACAUAAUUAGUGACGCCCAUACUCAGAGAACAAUGCUAAUAUGAGAUCACAGACAGUUCAGUAGCCCAGCAUUUAAUGUAAUUUAGAAAACUCACAAGUACACGUUGCAAAAAAUGAAAAGAAAAAACAAAUUAUGUUUUCUGCUUUUCUAACACCAAUCUGCCAAUUUUACUUCAAUUCAAUUUGCAGUGAUUAGUAGUUUAAGUUUUGGCGGAUGGGGUUACUUUGUCAUUUAACACUGCUACAGGUAAACAUUGUACACAUGCUGUUUCUAACUUACUGGCGUUUCACUUAGCAGACUUUUCAGUGUUGUAAUUAAGGUUUUUUUUUUCUCUUAAUAAUUCACUUUACCACAGUUCUCUCACAAUGUCAUUAAUGUGGUUCAGAAACUUGGGAAGCAGUUUUACCGGAAUGCGCCUUGUAGGGAAAGCCGCUGCAUGCAGAAUAGAACUACACUGCUCUACACAGUCAUUUUCACCUCUGGUAAGGAUGUUUGAAGCUAACUUUUUUUUUUUUUUUACUGCAGUGCCAUAAUAUCAGAGUGAAAACAAUGCAGUUGUUCUGCAACAAAGAGUUUGGGAUUUUUGCCUUUAUGACAUUCAUCCUCCUCCUCGAUAUGUGGUGUGACAUUAAACAUGGGCCCAAAUCCAGCCUUUGUUGUCACUGUUGUAGUUGUUUGAAAGUUUUUAGCUAUGGUUCAAGGUGCCCAUCAGAAGUUUACAUCCUCAAAUCAUGUCUAUGAAUAUCAUGGUCAUUGGGGGGGGGGGGGGGGUGAUUUAUUUUGAAGUGAAUUUGUUUUGGUUUUUGAUUUUCUUGUACUACUAGAUGUAUUAGAGGGAAAAUUUAUAUUUUUUUAGGCUAGCAUUUAUGCAUACAAGCUAAAAAAUAUAUACAUGCAUCCCUGCUAAUAUUUGUCCCUGUACAAUAAUAUUGAUGGAAAGUUACAUCAAACAAGUAGCUAUUUUUGUAGCCUUUCAUGACCAAUAAACAUCAGCACAUGUCACUUGUCUUUCCUAGUUUGAAAAAUUGAAUGGGACCUUUUGUCCCACAGUUUUGUAUACCAGGGUUACAGGACAUCAUGAGUAACUAAUGACAGGUUUCUCCACAUUCAACACUAUUUGUUCCUUCAACACUAAUCUUAAAAAAGUAAAUUACAACUAAAAGCUUAGUGUUCCAUUUAUUUUAUAGGGAAUUGUAGGGGGGAUACUAAUUGUGGCUCAGAGGAAUUUGUGAAAUACAGUUAUAUCUUAUAUUUAUUCGCCCCACAAAGCAAGUAUUGGAAUGUAGGAUGUUUCUCUUUUUUUUCUACUGUAGUGAAAGAAUAAUUUCUUUUAAAGCUUUUUAAACAUAUUUGCCAUGGUUGCCAUUGACCUUAGAGGGUGCUGUGUUUUCUAAAUAAUUACCCCUGCGGAAGAAAACCCGUUUAAAACAUUUUGAUUAACAACCUGGCAUUAUUUUUUAGCAACUACAGAGUGUGACAUAAAAAAAAAAUGAAGUUGAGUCUUAUGACAACUGAACUCUUUGCCCUAAUGCUGGGAGUCAGGCCAUAUGGAGCAGAGUAAAAAGAUUAUUCCGAGGAUGUUUUCUUUCUUUUGCACCUGACUGGGAGAGGAAUUUCAGCCAUCGCUCUGAAGCAUUCCUAUUCAUAAAAACAAUAGCUCCCUGGGUGUUUUUAAAACUUUCCUGGGCUGACACAAGUAUCCUCUCUCCUUCUCCUGACAGUUUUU